GGCGCGCUUGGCUGGGACGCCACCGGCGCCCCCACCCCCAUGCACAAGAGGCUGGACGGCAAGGUGGCCAUCGUGACCGGCGGCGCGCGGGGCAUCGGGGAGGCGAUCGUGCGGCUGUUCGUGAAGCACGGCGCCAAGGUGGUGAUCGCGGACAUCGACGAGGCCGCCGGCGAGGCGCUGGCGGCGUCUCUGGGCCCGCACAGCGUGGCCUUCGUGCGGUGCGACGUGUCGGUGGAGGAGGACGUGGAGCGCGCCGUGGACCGCGCCGUGUCCCGGCACGGUCGCCUCGACGUGUUCUGCAACAACGCCGGGAUCCUGGGCCGGCAGACGCGCGCCGCCAAGAGCAUCCUGUCCUUCGACGCCGCCGAGUUCGACCGGGUGCUCCGCGUCAACGCGCUGGGCACGGCGCUCGGGCUGAAGCACGCCGGCCGGGCCAUGGUCCCGCGCCGCCAGGGCAGCAUCGUCUCCGUGGCGAGCGUCGCCGGCGUGCUCGGCGGGCUGGGACCGCACGCGUACACGGCGUCCAAGCACGCCAUCGUGGGGCUGACCAAGAACGCGGCGUGCGAGCUGGGCGCGCACGGCGUGCGCGUCAACUGCGUGUCCCCCUUCGGGGUGGCCACCCCGAUGCUCAUCAACGCGUGGCGCCAGGGCCACGACGCGGACGCCGCCGACGACAUGGAGGAGGUGGUCCGCGGCCUCGCCACGCUCAAGGGGUCCACGCUCAGGCCCAGGGACAUCGCCGAGGCCGUGCUCUUCCUCGCCAGCGACGACUCCAGAUACGUCUCCGGACACAACCUCGUCGUCGACGGCGGCGUCACCACCUCCAGGAACAUGAUCGGGCUGUGAAGAAGCCACAUGACCCCUCUCACUCUGCUCGCUGUCUAGAUUAGAACAAAACAACAAAGAUUGUUUAGUCGUCGAUGCAACUGUACUCAAGUUCUUUCGUUCGUUCGGUUAAUUGAUUGAUUAAGUGUGUUGAGAAUU